AUGGCGGCGACAAGUAGCGAAGCCGUGCAGCAGGACGAUAGGCUGGGCAAGCUGCCCGACGAUAUCCUUGUUUCCAUCCUAGAGCGUCUGGACGACCUACGAUUCGCCGUGAGAAGCAGCAUCUUAAGCAAGCGGUGGCGACACCUUCCCGGCAUGAUCUCUGACAUCGAUUUGGACGUCUGGUCCUUCGUCAAGCACGACCAUGAUGAGGAUAGACGCAACACGGGGUUGCCACAGGCAGUGGAGAGCGUGCUGGCACACCAGAGCCGGCACAGCAUCGACCGCCUCGCCGUGCACUUCUUCUUGACGGACGACUCCGCCCGCAUCUUGCGCGCCGUCGACGACGCCGUGUCGAGCGGGAGGCGUCAGGUGACCUCCGUGGCGCUCUCGAUCCUCGGAGAGAAGCCCGACGUGCUCUGCGACGCGGGCGACAUGCUCAGGCACGCGGCGCGCCUCCUGCCGUCCCUCGCCGCGUACCCGAGCGCGUUCGCGGGCCUCGCCGACCUGCACCUGGAGAGCGUUAGGCUGGGCGAGUCCGAUGUCCCCCGCCUGCUGGGCGCCUGCGGCAAGCUGGAGCGCCUCGCUCUGCAGAACUGCGACUCCGGCUUGCGGACGGUGCUGCGGCUGGAGCACCCGCGGCUCCGCGAGCUCGACGCCGUCUUUUGCGGCUGCGAGGCGGUCGAGCUGAGGUCGCUCCCAAGGCUUGAGCGCGUGACCUGCACCCAAUGGAUGCCGUCGAAAAAUCUACCCCCACUUCUAUUCGGCCAGGUUCCAGGGCUCGAGGCCGUGACAUUCACUAACGCUGCCAUGGGUGGCGACAGGGCUCUCGGAUUUGGGGAGUUAGUUGGAGACGCUGCUGCGACCCUCCGUGAAUUAGUGCUUAACUUCCUAAAUGGAAGGGUUUGGAUCCAACCUCAGGAGCCGGUUCCUCUCAUGCAGAAUUUGAUGCAUGCUAGCUUUCAUAAUAUUAGAGAACAAUGCGAUCUCACUUGGACAAUGCUCAUUUUGAAAUCUGCACCCCACUUGAAGACUCUUGGUGUUACGGUAUCGAACCAUAGCUGUGGUGACACCGACCCAGAGGAUGCUGAGAUCAUAAGGCGAUUAUUUUCCCAGGAAGAUAUUAUACAGUGGCAACCUUCUUAUUUCAAGCACUGUGACUUGUCUAUGCUCGUCAUUCAUGGUUUUCAAGUCCAAGAAAAAUUCAUGAAGUACAUAAAACGUCUCAUGAAAGUGGCAAUAAAUUUGGAAGAGAUGUGUUUGUUGCGCGAUGAAUGCAAGAACUGGAUUGUUGUAAAACCAGCCCACAAACUUUAG